AUGGCGACGACGAGCCGUCACCGUUCGGUUGCCCGACUCGGCGACGGAGGAAGCAUUGGGGCUGUCCUCUUCCUGCUCGCGUUGCUGCCCGACAUCACUCGGUGCGCCGAACCCCCGUUCCCGAACCCCCAGUACGCCCAGGUCAACAACAGCAGCUUCGGCCUCUCGUCGAUUGUCCUCAUCAUCGUCAUGGUCACUUCCUUCUUCCUCCUUGCGUUCUUCACGGUCUACAUCCGUCACUGCGUCGGCCUCCCAAUUCCCAUGGAGGGGCCGGGCACCGGGGAGGGCUCCAUGUCGUUCCGGCGGCGGGCGCCGGUGGGGUUGAGCCCGGAGAUUCUCGAGACGUUCCCGACCAUGGCGUACGCGGAGGCGAAGGCGCUGAUGGUGGGGCGGGGGACGCUGGAGUGCGCGGUGUGCAUCAGCGAGUUCGCGGACGACGAGGCCCUCCGUCUUCUGCCCGGCUGUUGCCACGUCUUCCACCCCGACUGCAUCGACGCCUGGCUCGCCUCCCACAUCACCUGCCCCGUCUGCCGCACCGACAUAGCCGCCGCAGUCGCAGCCGCUGAAGCUGAUGGCGACGGCGAGGAUUUUGACACACCGCCCGACUCCGCUACCGCGGCCGUAGAGCCAGGGACCUGCGACUCGCCCCCGGACCACGUGGUCGAUGUGGACAGGACGCCGACGGAGGAGGAGGCGAUCGAACUGGAGCGGAUAGGGAGCGAGCAGCGGGAGGCGCGGGCCAGAGCGGGACGGUGUCCGCCGACGUCGAAGCUGCCCCGCUGGAACUCGACCGGGCACUCGCUGGGGCAGCUCGGUUCGCUGGAGGACGUCGACCGCUACACGCUGCGGCUGCCGAAGCACGUACGGCGGGAGAUCUUCGCGGCGCUGAGGUUCCACCGGUCAGCGAGCUGUGCCGCGUUCCCGAUCACCGCCAGCGAGGGGAGCUCCCAUCAUGGCCACCGCGGCAGCGCAGAAGGAGGGUUCAGCCGCGGGGGUUGGAGCGUGCGGCAGGCGAUCUCCGACCGUUGGCCUUCCUUCUUCAUCCGGACGGUCUCGUCGACGGUCCCAUCGCGGAAGAGAGGGGACAGCAACGAGGGUUCCACGAAGAAGGUGGACACGGAGGGAUCGUCGGGGGGGAGGUUUGCGUCCGUGUGGUCGCCCUUCGACUGGCUCGUCGGCACCGGCGCAAGGGUAAACGCCGCCGGGCAGGAGCGCGGGCUACCGCGGUGA